AUGGAAUGGGAGAAUGGGGAGAUAACCCCAGAACCACUGAGUAUCAUUGGAGCCGAUGACCCAGUGGCUUGUGCAAUCUACGCAAGGGAUAACAACCUACUUGAUACCCCUGGUUGGAAGCGUUUUAAAAGCAUAGCAAAGAGAGAGAAGAAGCUUCUUCGCAUGAUCAACCAGGCCAAGCUUAGAUCGUUUCGUACUGCACCAAAGUACAUGUACGGUUACGAGAUACCAAAGGACUACAAUGAUGGACUUCGACUUGACAAACUUCACGGCAAUACCAAAUGGGCAGAUGCCACCAAGGUCGAGAUGGACCAGCUAGCAGAGUACAAGGUUUUUAUAGAUUUGGGAAAAGGAACUCCUAUCCCAAAGGGUUUCCAAAAGAUUUGA